AAUUAUUCAUUUCUCACACCAACACCAUCACAUCCGUGCGCGUCUAUGUCACCACCGGACGGGUCUCCAAGUCCAUGGAUAAAAAGGAACAGAAGACAGCAGAAUGGUUGUUGUGGGAGCGAGUAACGGAACCUUCGGUAGUGGCAACAUGAGGUCGUCGUUCAUGAUAGAAGACAGAGUCGGUGGUGGAGAUCCCGGGGGCUCCACCAACAUGAUGAUCUCGGAGGCUCUUGCGCCCCGGCUGCUGAGGAUUGCGCAGGGCGCCGCGGAGGCAGCAGCAGCAGCGGCAGCGACGACGUCUCCAUCCACCUCCAGUCAGCCGCAGGUCAUGGAGACGAACGCGACCCGGUGCGGCGAGCAGAUCCUGAGCUACGGCAGGUUCGAAAAGGUCCUGAUCGGCGGGGUCCUCACCAUGCUUACCCUGUCCACCAUCUGCGGGAACUUACUGGUGGUCAUCUCCGUGUGCUUCGUCAAAAAGCUCCGCCAGCCGUCCAACUAUCUGAUCGUUUCGCUCGCUGUGGCGGACCUGUCGGUGGCCCUGGCCGUGAUGCCGUUCGUCAGUAUCACGGACCUGAUUGGGGGUCAGUGGAUAUUCGGUCAGUUUUUCUGUAACGUUUUUAUCGCCAUGGAUGUGAUGUGCUGCACCGCGUCCAUCAUGAGUCUGUGCGUAAUCAGCAUAGACAGGUACCUGGGUAUCACUAAGCCCCUGACUUAUCCUGUCCGGCAAAACGGCUGCUGCAUGGCCAAGAUGGUCCUGUCAGUGUGGCUCCUCUCCGCCUCCAUCACCCUCCCCCCUCUGUUCGGCUGGGCGCAGAACGUCAAUGACGGCAGAGUCUGCCUCAUCAGUCAGGACUUUGGCUACACCGUCUACUCUACAGCUGUGGCGUUCUACAUCCCCAUGUCAGUGAUGCUGAUCAUGUACUACAGGAUCUACCGGGCGGCUAAACUCAGCGCCGCCAAGCACACCAUCACGGGAUUCCCCAGGGUAAAGGAGCACCAUUCUGGGGUGGCUACUCGCGGGGGAAGAGGAGGCCACGACGCUCAUCGGCCAGCAGUAUCAGAAGAAACCGGAAGUGUUGAAGGGACAGAGGCGGAACAGGAAGAGGAGGAGAGCUUGGACUGCGUUGCAGCGGCGUUGAAGCUCCAGCGUGAGGUGGAGGAGGAGUGCAGCUCGCGUGUCUCUCGCCUACUUAAAACCGGUGAACACCACCAACGGCGGCACAGGAAGAACCAGUCCAUAUUCAAACGGGAGCAGAAGGCUGCGGCCACGCUGGGCAUCGUGGUCGGCGCCUUCACCUUCUGCUGGCUGCCGUUCUUCUUGGUGUCCACUGCCAGGCCGUUUGUCUGCGGCGUGGAGUGCAGCUGCGUGCCGCUCUGGCUGGAAAGGACUCUGUUGUGGCUGGGAUACGCCAACUCCCUCAUUAAUCCCUUCAUUUAUGCGUUUUUCAACCGUGAUCUGAGGACCACCUACAGUAACCUGCUGCGGUGCCGCUACAGGAACAUCAAUCGGAAGCUGUCGGCUGCAGGCAUGCACGAGGCACUGAAAUUGGUGGAAAAGCCAGACGCUGAUGUGUAAAGCUGUAUGUCUGCCAACCAGCAACACUGCAGAGAGACCAGCAGAGACAACGGGGGAAACAGUGUGUGGGGCUCAGGCUGUGGCACAAGACCGCCACGCUGCCAGAAUGGUCAUUUCCCCAAAUUUGUACAAUGAUUGCUGAGGCGAGAUGAGGCAGGAUGCUGUGAUUAAAUGGAUGCACAUGAGGGAACACUGAAGAUUGGAAGGGAAGAUUUCACUCAGUGGUGAUGAAUUUAUACUAUCUGAGUAGUGGCUGCUGCAGCGAACAACUGUCCAACAAUUGUAAUGUUGGUUGCUACCUUGACGCUACCGAACAACCCUUUGCACACAACGUUAAUAGAAAAGUUGAUUGAGCUACACAAUGAUUUUGUACUCAAUUAACUCUGAGUGGAAACUCUCUCACUCAGUAGCCAGUGUCUUGUAUAUUCAGAUUGAGCCAAGGAAAUCUUGCCCUCGCAAACGCAAAUGGAGGAGUUGUUCAUGCUAAACUGGCCUGUGAGGUUAAAAAGCCAAAUGUUUUCACCUUGCUCCCCGGUCCUCACAGUGACACUGUUUUUCACUGCACGGUAACAAGCGGACAAGUUAUGAUUAAAACUCAACUGACAUGUAAAAUUUGUCGAUAGCCACACUGUUUCUGGAACAAACCUUAUCUCAAAGGGAGAACUACCACCCUCUGAUGAUCUGUUAUAUAAUAUGAGUUCAUAUCUUUGGAAGAUGUUUUUUGGUUAAUAUCACUAUAUGUUGAAUGUGCCAAAACUUACUCCCUUUUCCUCAGCUCAAGUCAAGAUCACUGCUGAAAACAAUGUAUUGAUCAUUGUAGUCAGACUGCUCACUUCUGAACAAAAAAAGAAUAGUUUUUAGUAAAUGAUGGGUGGAGGCCAACAUACUAGAGUGUAUCAGAAACAUGAUCACUUUGGACUUUUUUGAACGCACCUGUGCCUUUUACUCUGUUAUUGUUAAAGGUUUAGUUGCAGCACACAGGAGUCCCUUUGCAAACUAUGUACCUUGUGUUAGAUUUGACACAAUGAGUGACAUUCCUCUCGGCUCAGUUUUAGCCUUGUUGUGUAUUACAUCACACUUGUGAAACAGGCAUUUUCCAGACAAAAGCUAAUGGAGCAGUGAAUCAUGGUAAAAAACAGAGCUUUCAGAAUGGCCUACUUUUUUCUCUUGUACAUUGUUAUUUUCAGCAACACUCUCCAAAUCCAUAUCCAUCUCGUAAUCGGUCGUUAUCAGCUUAACAAUUGAUUAUUUUUGGUCAAACAAAUGUUAGAAAAUACUGAAUAAAUGCCCAUUAAUAACUUCUCAGACACCAAGAUAAUGUCUUUAAAUUUCUUGUGUUUUCUGACCAAUCAGCA